GCGUUUUCCCACUGAACCUUGGUACAUAUCCAGCUCAGCCCUGCCCAGCUCACCACCACACUCACCGAGACGAACCUAACACAGUCAACAACUAUUCCAAAUAACCAUGGCUGACGCAGGCGAAGAGCCUCAUCACGUUUCGGAGCCUCUCGACCUUGUUCGACUCCUUCUCAACGAGGUUGUCUUUGUCAAGCUUCGAGGAGACCGUGAGCUCAAGGGAAAGCUACACGCUUACGACAGUCACUGCAAUCUGGUGUUGGGAGAAGUCGAGGAGACCAUCUACACUGUGGAUGAGGACGAUGACGAUGAGGAACUCAAGUGUUGUCCUUAUCUCACCUGGGGUUCCGUUCUAGAAGGGAUACAAAGAAUCAUUACGCCCCUGCACACACUCAAAUGUGCAAACACUGUCUCAGCAGCAACUAUGCCCGUUGCGUCAUACGACAGCCUGAGGCACGAAGCUGCUCAAAGCGCCCCGAAAGCAGCCCGAGACUGUGUUGAUACCAGUAUUCAGGGUUCAAUAUCUUACAGCAUUACAACCCUUGAGCCACAUUCUGUUCCAGCCAAAGCCAAGUCGAAGUUGAACAAGUGGCUCCUAUUGCUGGAAAGCCCACCUUGA